AUGGCUGAUUCAACGACAAUUCCCACUCCCAAAAACGCGGCAGAAACUGCCACCGACGUAGGCUCCGCCGCCGCCACCUCCAUCUUAACCUUGCAUCCGAGCAUAAUUCAAACUCACAUCCUGACUCGCCUCGACGUCUCCGCGCUUGCAUCGGUUGCCACCACAUGCUCCCAACUCCACGCCGUCGUCUCCCAGGAAGAUUUCUGGGCCCACCUCUGUCACUCUACGUGGCCUUCUACCAGUUCUCCACGCAUCCGCCACGUCAUCCGUCGCUUCCCUCACGGUUCCCGCUCUUUCUUCUACGAUUCUGCCACUAUUCCACGCCCGAACACCACCAUUCCUCGAAACUCGCACGUAAAUCUCGACCGCACACCGCAGCUGAUCUCCGCCGUUGACCUUUAUCACCGCCGUCAACUCUUACUUUCCAGAGUGGUACAGACCGAAACAGUCUCUGAUUCGUUCAGGUGCUCGCCCUUCCGGGUGGACAUACUUGAACCAGAAGAGGUGGUUCAAACACAUAUAAGAUAUCCGGAGAGUGACGAAGCUUAUCAAGAGCUAGCGAGGGGCCUGAGGAUGAGCUGGAUAUUAAUAGACGCGAGUGGAGGGCGGGCGAUGACCGUUUCGAGCCGGAUGCCAAUAGGUCUCCAACAGUACUGGCAGGGCGGGACGGCAGGGUUCAGCUUCAUUUCGGCGAUGACCAGCAAUGAAGAACCUUUGUGGAAGCUCAAGGUGUGCAGGUUGAUGGUGAGGUGCGUGGAGGCGGUGGGUGGGGAAACGGAGGUGAGGGAGGUGAGUUUAAAGAUGGAAGGGAUAGAUGGGAGGACAAAAUUGAAUGGGAGGGAGAGUUUGGUAAUUUUACAGAGACUGUUGGAGGGUAAAAGGGAAAGUAAGAAACAAGCGAGGGAGAGAUGCGAGGGGAGAGAUCUAGAGACGAGGAGGAGAAGGGCAAGGCCAGAUAUGGUCCGCCAGAGCCUCGCUAUGUUGUCGUUUGUGGCACUUCUAUUUGUGUUUGUAGUAAGGAGACCUGGACCUCUUGUGGGGAUGAUGCGGAAGGUUCAAAAUAAAAAAUAG